AUGAAUGUUCGAUGGUUAAUGAUGACCUUCUCAAUUCUAUCAUCCACCUAUUUACAAGAGGUGGAAUAACCGAAUUGGGUAAAUACAAUGAUAAGUCCUCCGGACUACUUCGUGAUUUGUGGAAAUCACUCGAUCUUGUUUACGUAGAAUUAACAGAAAUCUUUAGACAGAACGAUCCCGAAUUUAAACAUCAUUGCACCAACUUGCGAUAUGAAUUUUUAAACGAGGAUACGUUUCAGUAUCUAAAAAAAUGUAAUUAUUUAGAGGAUGAUGCG